UUGCCUACAUGGCAGGCCGUCGUGCCAUUUUGGUUGCGAUAUAUACUACUCUGACAGAUUCUCUUCGCCCAGAAAGCACGACUCAAUUCAGCUUUGAUGAUACUCCUACCUGUUAUGUUGCGAAGAUCUUAGACAAUAAAACAUGCCAGAGUAUUACCUAUGUGUACCGUCCAAAACAGAUCGUGGGCCUUUGCGUACUGCAGAUCUUUGGUUAGCCGGAUUGCCUCGCACUAGCAUUCCACAACAUGGAUUCAACCCUGAGUCAGAGGAAUCAACAUGCAGUCUUUGCUUUGCUACGCUAGAACCCGGGUUUAUAUUGCGCCAUUUACCCUGUCAGCACAGCUUUCAUCAGCCAUGUAUAGAUGAAUGGCUGUGCGAGCAUGACGCUAGUUGUCCUCUCUGUCGCCGGACCUUUUACCAUUUGAGGAAGUCAUAUCUCAUAGAAAAUCCGACUUCAUCCAAGCCACAACCUCAGCCUGACAUGGACGCUGAGGUUCGCGAAGCACGACAGACAUUUGUGAAGUGGUGGAAAGAAUUGUUCACAUUAGGCUGGUUCCACCAUGAUAGAACGUUUACUGAGCGAAAGCAUCACUUUCAUCACCAGACGCAGCAUCCGGGUUGAACGAUGCCUCGUGUUUCGUACCAGAAAUGUGGAAGCUCUAGGGCAUAAUGCUUGUCCACCAUUAAAGCUUAGGGGAUUCCAUAGGGUGUGUUUUGGCACCUACAUAAUCCGACCUUUCGAUCUGCCUCCUGGGGAAGACAUAUGCUUCGACGGGGGCCUAUAAAAUGCCAAUUUCCAGUCACAAUGGGGGCUAUGUCGUGGA